GGGAAGUUUCAUUGGUUGGAACAACUGAAGCUGUGCUCGGACAUCAGAGGACCACCUACCUCUGACUUGUGUAAGCAGUGUCUUGAUGCUGGAUGUGACUGGAGCCAAAAUGUCUGUUCCUGGGCGACUGCAGAACUAAAGAAUUACAGUGUUUGCCAAAUGAAGGAAUCAGGAAAGAACAUUUCUAAGCCAGAGAUCUCCUCCAUCACUCCCAGCAUUGUGUCUAUUUACGGCAAAAACCACGCACUGUUGACAGGUCACAACCUCAGUGACGUGAUCAGAGUGAGGAUCCAAGUGGACAUGGACUGCACUCCACGAGAAUCUCCUGUGUGGAACAACACAGGUGUGAAUCUGACGUUCCACAUUCCCAGUGUUGACCGUAAAGGCGUGGUCAAAGUAUGUGUUGUCCUCCCAGAUGGUAGUUGCCAUGGCAACACUGAAAUCACCUACAGGUCAUCUCCAUCUUGUACCGCUGUUACACCAAGCAGCAGCUGGAUGAGUGGAAAUAGGAAGAUCACACUCAUGGGAUCCCACCUGGAAUUUGUGGAAGGGGUCAUACACAGCCACACCAUGCAGGAUGUCAGGCUUCCCAGAAACAGCAACUCUCAGAAUCUAAUCUAUGACACACCUGCAGCUGAAAAUACUAAAGGAACUUUUACCAGCAAUGUGUUUCUGAAAACUGCCAAUGAAACCUUGACCUGCUCCAUAAGUAUCGCUUACCAUCCAGACCCUGAAUUUAUCAGCUUCACAUCCACAAGGAUGCGGAAUGGUGUGCAUAUGAUCAACAUAAAGAAAAUGGCAGACAAACUGGAGAUAACCCCAGCAGAAUUGACAGUAUGGGGCGUCCAGGACGAAAAGCAUUACCUCUGCAACAUGGAAGCCAAAAGUAUCCAUAACGAGAUUGAUGUCUUUAUCUGUGAAAUUCAAAGUACAUCCGACACUGAGUUUCAGCACUUAUUGAUUAAGUAUGGAGACAAGACUGUAGGACUAGGGCCUCCAUCUUUAUUACAUCAGGUGCUUCUGACUCUGCGUAUCCUGAUGAUACCCUUUGUAACUAUUGCGUUGGUGAUUAUUUGCUGGUGGCAAAAGAAACUUGCUGCUGAGAUGAACAAGUUCUGAGCAUCCAACAUUUCGCAACUUCAACAUUAAGAUGGACAUAUCAUUUAUUAUGUUAAUUUUUAUUCUUUGCUGAUACUUAUUUCUCCAUCAGUACUCAUUGGUCUUAAAAUGUGUAUGUAGAGGGAAACAACAUGAACUAUACAGUGAGUGUGGUAUAGUGAUGGGCUUUUACAACUACUUUCUAUAUUUAACUCUUUAACUCAGGUGUAGGUAUAAAUAGGAGGUCACCUAAAGAAUUGAAAUUUGUGUUAUGUACAGAGACUUUUUUGCGUUUUAUUAAACCGAGCAUAUCAGAGAGCUUACAGGAAACUGUGGGGGCAGGUUGACUUGAGGUCGAGCACCCUCCUGGUAGUUGCUGCAAUUGGUCUAGGCUAUGAAUAGCAAAGGAAAUACUAAAACCACAGCUUAGUUUACCUUAAUUAAACAGAGCAUAUCAGAAAAUUUAGAGGAAAUGGGGGGUGGGGGUCAACAUGCAGCAAACGUCUCUGACUAGAUUGAAAGUGGAGACAUUGCAAACAGAAGCCAUGUAAAUAAUAGUUUUGCUUGGAGUCUCUUUCCAGGAGUCUAUGCCGUUUUUCUGGUAACCUCCUGGCAGUGGCUGCAA